GGCGAUUACUUUGUUUACGUUUAUGUCGAGCUGUGUCCUGCUGUAAAGAGUGUAAAACACCCUAACGUUAUAUUUAGUAUUGGUAACCUGUUAUUUUAAAAUGUCGAACAUCUGCAGAUUAAAGCAACUUAUUCCUAAAACAACGGCCUUCUUUCUUUGCGAUAUGCAAGAGAAAUUUGCCUCUUCAAUACAAUAUUUCCCAGCGAUAGCGAAUGCUGCAUCCCGUAUUUUAAAAGCUGCCAAAAUAUUAGAUAUGCCAGUUAUUGUCACUGAGCAGUACCCAAAAGGUCUGGGUCAUACUGUGAAAGAAAUUGGUUUAAAUGAAUAUCCAGAUUUAAAGCCUUUUGAAAAAACUCAGUUCAGUAUGAUGAUACCUGAAGUAAAUGAUUUUUUAAAAAACAAACAUCCAGAUGUGAAUAAUAUAAUUAUAUGUGGCAUAGAGUCUCAUGUAUGUGUACAGUGCACCGUGCAAUCUCUUUUAAACCAUGGAUUUGAUGUUCAUGUUGUAGCCGAUGGCUGCUCAUCUCGUUCUAUGGUUGAUAGGAUAUACUCAUUUCAGAGAAUGAAAGCGAUGGGGGCUUGGCUUACUACCAGUGAAAGUGUUAUAUUAGGUUUAGUCGGUGAUGCUGCACAUCCAAAAUUUAAAGAAGUUCAGAAAAUUAUCCGAGAUCCUGCUCCUGAAAGUGGAUUGCUAUCAUUUCUACCACAUGUGAUUGGGUAAGGGCCUCUAAAUUUUAAAUUGUAAGUUAAAGCAAAGGAUUUCUGAAGUUUGGUGUUAGUAUGACUUGAUGAGGUGAUUUUAGUUAAUACAAUUCAUGAAAAAUCACUGAUAAGAGACUAGAUAAGACAUGUAUAUAGUUAUAUAUAUUUUUGUAUAGAAGAUUUUGAUAAAAAUACUUUUGAAAAUGUUUGCAGAGAUAUCUUAAUUUUGAGUAACUGCAUUAAGAUUAAUUAAAUGUAAAUGAUUAAUUAAAUGUAAAUGAUUUGUUUGUUGAAGAGAAUAAAAAUGGCAAUUUGAAACAA